AUGCGUCCUGUCUUAUUUAUUCCGUUACUUUCAUUUGUUAUCUGUGAUUUCAUAGAAGAGAAUCGUGAGCACUCGGAUGAUUUCAUUAAGCCGAAAGGGUGGAGAGGGAAGAGAUACGUAAUCCGUGCGAAACGAUGGAGAAAACAUAUGUUGACUUGGCAACUACAAACUCAGAAUCUCAUGGAUGCAGAUGUUUAUAUAGUCAGAAACACAAUGCACCGCGCAUUCAACGAGUGGUCUACAGUAUCCUCGUUGGAGUUUCGUGAAAUUCCACCAGAACUUGUGACCAAACAACCACCAGAUAUUUAUAUUGCUUUUGAGAAAGGAGAGCAUUCGGAUGGAUUCCCGUUUGAUGGGCAGGAUGGCGUAGUCGCCCACGCCUUCUACCCACGUGACGGACGCCUCCACUUUGAUGCAGAAGAGCAAUGGAGUCUGAACUCCCAGGAAGGUGUUAAUCUAUUCCAGACAGCUGUUCACGAGAUUGGUCAUCUACUUGGAUUAGAGCAUUCCAUGGAUAUCCGAGCGGCUAUGUUCGCCGCUAAACGACCAUAUGAUCCCGCAUUCACUUUGGGUGAUGACGAUGUGAGAGCUAUUCGAUCUUUGUUUCCGAAAAAUGAUUCUGGAGAGGAAGGAGAUGAUGUUAGUCAGAAUUCUGUAGAAGAAGUGACCAAGGAGACAAAAAAGAUGGUGAAAAUUGAGGAGACUCUGGAUGAGGAGCAUAACGAUCCAUUCGACACAACAACCGCUUCCCCAUCUUCCUCACCCGACUCAUUCUUCCCAUUCCCUCUACCUUCUAUCGAGCAUUUUCAAAGACGAAAUGACUGGUUCGUGUUGUAA